GUAAACAAGACAUUGCAAAUGGCGGCGAAUGUUAUUGUUUAAUGGAGUCUGUAAUAUUUCACAAUCAUGCCUGGAUUUACCCCUAUAACAGGUAAGAUGCGCCGAAAUGAUGGUGUAAGAAAGCAAGUUUAGUAUCUCAAGAACAAAUUACAGUGCAAAUGGACGGUUAAAAGUGGCAAGUGAGUGGAAAAAUCAUUUUUCACAAAAUGGUGUAUGGAACGAGUGACGUUCGCUUGGCCAUAGCUAAGACCGAAACCUAUAGCGUUUUUGCUGAAAUAAUCUGCUAACGCUUGGCCAAGUCAGUGGAAACCUGAGUUAACUGUGACGCUUGGAUAUAAGUGCUCCUUAUAGUUAGGAAGUGAAGUGUAAGAUGUGAUGAUGGGGAGAAAGAAAAGUGGUUGAAAAUACGGUGGUAUUGGUGGCUUGGCAGGACCGUCCGUUUGUUGUUGUGGGCUGCGGCCCUCUCCAAUUCUCCACCAUCGGGAUUUACGCAAUAUUUCCCCAUACCUGGACACGCCUACUUCGCCAAUGACAUGGAUGGGGAUAGUGAUGGGGGCGGCAGGUGUUGUGGAGGGAGAGGAGAGCUGAUCGAGGCCGUUCUCACCUGCGAGGGUAACAUUUGUGACCCUGAGCUCCCAAAGAAACUCACCUACCUGGUACAUGUCCUCAAACAUGUCACCCAAAGUGACUCAACCUGGUUUGUACGAAAAGUUGAGCCAUGGAACAGUGUACGAGUGACAUUCUCCAUCCCCCGAGAAGCUGCUGUACGUCUACAUCAACUGGCACAAGCAGGAGAUCAAGCACUACGGCAGUUGGGUAUUCUUUCUGUCCAAGUAGAAGGUGACCAGGUAAUCUCGCUAAAAGUGGCUGGUCCCAAUAAUGAGGCAACAGAAAUUGUACUACGGACGGAUGGAGGAACCAAUGAUGGCGCUGGACCAUCCAGUGUUGCAAGAAAUGUUACAGCAGCACUGGGAGGGGUUGGACUCAUGCCAGGAGUUGCUCAAUCUGUGGACCAUGCAGCAAACCCAGCAUUUCGUAGUCCAAAUGUGGUGGCUCCCCCUGGGGAUUGUAUUCCUAUGACCCCACGCCCCAUGGCCCAAACAAGGCCACUUUAUCCCUUUAACUCUAUGAACCAGGUUGCACAAACCAUUCAAGGUAGAGAGUUGCUACAUCAACAACCUACUGUGCCUGGACCGGUUGGUCUCACUGUGACUAAUGCUGCUCCACGCCCGGUGAAUAAUCCUCCUCCACCCUAUCCUAGCCUUGAGCAAUCCCAGUUGCGUGCUCCUGGGGCUCCUGUGCAAAGACCAUUUGUCCCACAACUAAAUGGGACUCAAUAUGUGCCAGGUCAGGCUAGUGGUGGAAGUAGCAUAGCACAUCCUGUGACACAAGUGAUGCCUUCUAUUGUGCAAGUCAGUUCAAAUCAACCUGUUAGUGGUAUUUUCCCAGUGUCAGUGACUCAGACAGUGAAUAAUCGAGUGCACCCACAGGUAGUGAAAGGUAGUCAAAGGACAGGAGGUAAUGUGUUAAAGAACAGUCCUCUUUUGGUAGAUUUGCUACGACAACCUGAUCACCAGCCAGGAGUGGGUGUCAGCAAGGCUAAGGUAGUUAUUGGUAGUUCACCACAUGGCUCACCUGCUCCUACAUCUCCUUCAUCUCGUUCUACAACGUCAACACCUUCAUCAGAUUCCCUUCCACACACCCCUCUCACGAACCUACCUCUACCUGCAGUGCCGGCACUUUCACCGCCUCCCACCAGUUCUGCAACUUUCAGUACUACUGUAACUGCUUCAAGUUUGACUGGAUCAACCUUGUCUACACAGUUCAGUACAGGGUUUAGUGGAGUUCAUACUCACCAGCAGGUCUAUUCUGGUGGGUCUGUUAUAACUAGUACUGUCUCUCCUCAUCCUAGAUUACCUAGCAGUGUUAGUAGUGGCUUACAGCAACAUCCACAGGCCACAGGACAGCCACCACCUGGUCCACGACCAUCUUACAAUACAGAGCAACGUUGCAUGACUAUAGGAGGUAGCCAAAGCAUCCAUCCAAGGGUACCUUUGCUAAAUCCUGGUCAUUCAAGUAUUCUGGGUGAGUCACGAGCAGUGCCUCCUUCACCACCUCAGCUUGUGUCUGGUGGCAAGGAGAGUCAGUACUUGAUCAACCCUAAUACUGGACUAUUGGAACCAAGGCCCAGUGAAAGCUCAGACUCGGACUCAGAGGUCAGACCAACAGUGAAUGAAGAAGUUCAUUCAAAUUCACUAGUUUCUGAUGAAGAAUCUAAUAUGAGUGCAACCUCAAAGAAAGAAACUGAUCAGUCAGAUUCUGAAACCUCUAGAAUGUCAGUGCUCAGUGUUGAAUCAAGAAAGACGGUGAUAAGCCAGGACAGAUCAAAAUCUCAUGACAGAGAUUCUAGCCCAGGAUCAUCGAGGGAGAAUAGUGUAGUCAGUUCUAGCAGUACUGGGGAAUCAAUCAGAUUAAAACUUACAAUUGGCAGAGAAGCUGUGGCACAAGCCACUUUUGUUCCACGAGUGAAAAAAGGUGACCGUAAAGAAAUAAUUUCAAACUCAAGUUUAGGAUCACAGUCAGGAAGUGAACCAAGAAUACCUAAACUUCAUAUUAAAUUACACCCUACACAAGCAGUCAUUGUAAAUCCUCUGGGUGAUGGAGAUGGUCAAAGAAAUCAAGAGAAAGAUGGGUGCAAAGAGGAUAAAAGUAAGAGGAGGAGUUACAGAAACAAGGUGCGAAGUAGUGAAUCUGAUAAUGACAGUGGAAAAAGAGGGAUCAAAUUAAAGAGUAGUAAAGACAAGGGAGGUGGAGAAGAAAGUAAUACUAUGUUGAAAAUUAUUGAUGGUAAAAAGCAUAAGGUUGAUGUGGAGGAGGAGGAAGCUCCACUGAAAAUGAAAUUCAAGGAGGGUUUGGAGGGUAGGCUAAAAGUUCCAAGAACUUUAGAUGAUGGCCGUUUAUCUGUGAUGAAAUCGGAAAGUUCUAAAAUUUCAAAAUCGGAAAAAUUAAGAACAAGACAGAAAACUAAAACGCCUAUCAGGAAAGUUGGAGAUUUGAAUAGUGUAGGCGAAAUUGCUAGUCACAAAAUUUUAGAGACGUUGCCCCCUAGCAUCACCAAAGUGGCAGCUUUACAUACGCAGCAGCCACAUAUAAAUCCAUCCUCCUCCUCCAAUCAGUCUUCAAUGAUCCCUUCAGUUGGAUCUGCAUUGUCAACAUCAUCCGGUGUGACUACUUCCCAAGCUGCUGGGGAGCUUUUUAAAGUAGAACUUGAAAAGAGAGGGAGUGAAAUUAUAAGAAAAUCAGAUUUAAAAAGUGAUUUAGAAAAGAACAGUGAUAGUUUGAUGAGCCGGUUGCGUGCAAAUAAUCUGACAAACAUGUUAAAUGGUGAUUUGACUCAUGGAGAAAAGUUGGCGUUAGGUCGUGUACGACAAAAAACCUCGAGUGUCAGCCAGCAACACCAGCAAGCGGAUGGACCAAGCAGUAGCAAGUUGACAAUCAAGAGAAAAGGCUCAGGAGAAACACACACUCUUGAGUCCCUUAAAAAGGAUCUUCCUGAAGGCCUGGGCAACAUCCCCACGUACCUGAACUCUUCAGUGAUGAUCAAUAAGGUCUCACACUCACCGGAGAAGUUGCCUACCCUGCGUCAUGAAGAUUCUAAUGAGAAAGGUGUUAAGAAAUUGGACCUACAUAAACAUACUGUGUGUACAGAUUUAGCAAGCUUAAAAGCAAAUUCUGACAUCACUAUUCACAGUGUGACAAAGAAUGAAACAUUGAGUUUUAAUAAAUCUAGUGAUGGUGAGAAUAGGAACCCAAAUAAAUGCAAAAGUGAAGUGACCAAAGUGGGGAGAGUGACUCACUUGGAUGUGAAUGAUAGAAAAGCAUUGCAGGAGGCACUCAAGAGCUCACAGAGUUCUACCAAAAAGAAUGAUACUCACCAAAGCAGUAUGCAUGAUCUUUUAAAACGCUUUAACUCUAUAGACAGUUCAACUACAGUGCCUGUGUCUUCUCAGUCUGAGAGUACAAACAGCACCUCUGGGGUGAAAGUGGAAUCCAAAGCCACUGACGCCCCAGAAAAGGUGAAACAUGAAGUGAAAAGUGAUGAAAAAAGUGAGAAUAAAGACCCACACAAUACAAGUGUAAAUUCAUCAAACAGCUGUGAUACUAGUGUUAAACUGGAACCCGAACAGACAAAAGUUUUAGAGCAAGCUAAGGGCCCAGACUUUCCUGGCAAUGUAGUAUUAAUAAAAAGUGAGGUUGAAAGUCCAGAUGGUACUCCAAAAGGGGAGCAUGGUAGUGGUCAAGGUGGAGAAGACUCUGGGAUUGAGUCAAUGGAUGCCCUAUCAGAAAAAAGUCCAAACCAGAGUGACCAGAGCCCUAGUAGAAGGGAUGACAAAGAAUGUGAAACAUUUCCUGAUAAAAGUUCAAGUGAAAAAAAUACUAAGAGUGAAUCAACCAGUGAUUGUAGGUCUAAUGAUGCCCGAAAUGUCACUCAAGAACCUAGAGCGAGUGCCAAAAUUGAGAUAAAGUCAGAACCUCUGGAUGAAGACCAAAAUGAAAUAGUCCAUCACAGAAUUUCUGAUAGUGAAGUAGACAGCACAAAAUGUGGUUUAAAGACCUGUGAAUCUCCAGUUGAUAUAAACACAAAGAUGGUUAUCAGUAAGGAAAGUGAGGCAGUUGGCAUACAUGCUGCAUCCCAGGAAUCUUCUUUCUCAAAAAAUGAAGAGCUUCAUCUGGAGUCUGUUGAUGAUAUAAAUUGUCCCUCUGAAAUAUUACCAAUACCUGUGACAGAAAUAAAAUGUGAACCUAUGUGUACAGCAGAAUCUCCAAGCACAACCAUCGAGUCAUUGGAGUGCGAGACCAGUAUAUCAUCAUUUUCAAUUCCACCCACUUCUAAUUAUACAUCUGCAUCACCAAUCACUUCAUUAUUAGUCUCUACUUUUUCACCCAGUUUUUCAACCACUUCAUCCCCUGUUGUGUGUGGGACUUCUUCACCAAGUUCCUUAAGUGUAUCCACAUCCUCAUCAGUGUCUUCAAUUUUUCUGUCCACGUCACCACAGAGUUCUAUUGUGUCUGGUCCUCAUUCAUCAUUACCGAGUUCCCCAUCUUUAUAUUCUACGUAUUCACCAGUGACUUCAUCUUCCACGAUUAUAAAUCCCACCACCCACAGCUCAAUUGACACAAGUCUCUUGUCCCUUACGAUUUCAAGUCCAUCAGCACCUAGCGUUACUCUACCUUCUGUUACUGUAUCUAGUUCCUCUGCUCCCUGUUCUCCCACGCCCACUAGUCAUAAUUCCUCUUAUACUUUAGAUACUCAUAGUCUUGCAAUACCAAACAGUACCUCUUUCACGUCUGUCACAACUACAUCUGGUCCUACAUGUACGACUACCACAUAUACCCCUGUUACAAAUAUUUCAGUGAUUCCUACAGUGCCUCACUCCCCAAAGACAUCAGUUUCAACUGCACCAAUUUCCAGUUCAGUGUCAAAGCCAUCAAUACUUGCAUUAACACUGACUAGACCACAAACAAGUUGUGCACCGUCUCAGCCAUCUUCCACCCAAACAGCUUCUUUAUCAUCUGCAGACAAGGUAAACAAUUUAUCAUCAUUGGACCUUAGCAGCAGUAUAUCUACUUCGUCCUCAAGCAACAGCCAACCUACAGUAACAAACACAACAACUGUGGCAACAUCAACAACAAGUGCAAAGGUGGUAACUUUAAAGCCUAGCACAAGUCAGGGUCAAGUUAGUACCCCCCUUAAUCUCCCUCCAGGGACAACUUUUCGGUUAGUGGCCCUACCAGGUAACAGUGCCAUGGCUCCCACCACCAGUGCAGUUAAGGUAGUGGUGUCACCAGUUAAAGGCCAGUUGAGCCAGCAGGUGACAUCAGGAAUUGGCAGCAUGACAGUGGUGACGGUUAAGCCAGUGGUUAUGGCAACAGGUGGGGCCAAGAACAGCCACUUAUUACAAACACUUUCAGUUAGUAAGACUGAAGAAUCUAGUCCUCCUUCCCUCCUCAAGGCUCAUUUAACUGCUCCAACCCUCACCACAUCAGCUCAUGCUGUGGCUACCUCAGUCACCAAUUCUGCCGCAACACCUAUUGUGUCCAGCACCAUGGCGAAUGGAGAUGAUACAGAAGACUUAGAUUUUGUGGGCUUCUCUAGUUCACCUCAAGUUAAGUUACUACAACCUGCUGAAUUAAAACGAGAAAUUUUAAGGCCAGACAUAAUAGAAAGCAGAAGACCAGAUUCUUGCAAAAGUCCAGAAGUACUGUCCCCAACAGGUGACGAGCCAACUCCAAUGAGAGUACACCCUCCCCUCUAUACAUAUGGAAACAGAGAAAGGAAAAAAGAUGUCGAGUCAGAUGCUGAAGAUAAAGACAAGGAAGAGGCUAAGAAUACUUCUGAGUGUGAAGGACACUCUGAUAUUAAAAAUUGUGAUAUAUUAGAAAUGGAUAAGGAGAAAGAUGAGUGUGUUGGUGUGAAGCCCAAACCCAAAGAUAAGAAGUUUGAUGCACUUUCCAUAGAGAUACCACCAACGGACCCAACCCUUCCAGAUGAUAAAAGGCUUACAAGAAGCACAAGACAAAGUGUAAGAUUAUCCAGUCCAAAAGUGAAUAGUCCAGGGGCAGAAUUGAGCCCUAAAGUAGAUAGAAGAAGUCCUGCAAGUAUGCUGUCGAUGGGAAAACCAAGUCCUGUCCCAGUGUUACGGCCGAGUGUCAGUCCUGCCAUUAGAGGUACCAAGAGACGAAGACAUGAAUCGGAAAGCAGCAGUGCCUCUAGCAUCAAUGAUGAUACACAGGAACCAGCAACAAAGUCUACCAGAAGAAAACCACCAGAUAAAGCUGCAGAUGAUGAUGAGAGCUCCGAGGAUGAGUCAUUAGAUGGGGGAAGCAUAAAGAAGAGGAAUCCCUCAGCUGCAUCCACUUCCACCAAUGAGGAUGAAGAUGACUCUCGACCAUCAUCUCGGAGCAGUCGAACUUCCUGCAAAACUUCUACACGUAGUAGGGAAAGGCAAAGUUCUGCGGAGUCCACUGGCACAACGCGAGACACGACUCCAACGAGACGUACACCUAGACAAAACAACCGUGUUCCAAAUAAGGAAAAGUCACCAGAUCCAUGUAGAGAAAGAGGACAAAUGGGUCAGUUAGUGAAACUCCAAACCAGUCGUGAUAAUAAAGACAGAGGGAUAAGAGACCCUGUUAGAGAAAAAGAAUUAGAAAGAAAAGAAUUAGUGAAAGAUAAAGAUGCUCAAUUAAAAGACAGAAGAACUCCAAGUGUUAUUAAGGAGAACAAAAUUGUACCGAAGGACAAAAGUCCACAGUCCAAGGACAAAGACAAGAGCCCAUUACAAGGCACCAAAACAAGAAAAGACAGUGAACAGUCAGAGCCAGAUGCCAGUAAUCGAAGAAAAACCAGAAGUACAGCAACAGCAAAUGAAGAUACUCCAAACAAAAGAAGAAGAUUGUCAAAGGACAAGUAGGAUCCCCCUCUUGCUGAAGUGAGGACAUGGCUGAUUCUUCUGAAGCUAAUUAAGAAUCCUUCAGCAAGAAUUCUCUAGGACUGGUGGAGUGUUGCUAUGAGCAGACAGCAGUGUAUAUCAGUAUUAGAAAAACAGUGCAAUAAGACGUUCUCUCUUUUGCUGUCUGUCUCCCUCUGUUCCUAUGAUGGCAGUUCUGGUGAUGUGAUGCCAGCUGCCACUCACUUUCUUGUAUAAGUUACCUCUGCCUGACCACUUGACUUAAGUUUUUAGGAAGCAAUGCUGUAGAGAACCAAGACUCUUAACAAAUUCAAAGUUUUGUCCUCUGUCCAUUUUUACUGGAGCUUGUUUCCUGAACUUAGCUCAGAGUGGAUAGACUCAAGAUCUCAGCCUUUGGCAACCCAUGAUUAAUUCUUUUAAAACUACAGAUUCUGUAGGCAAUUUUGUUAAGGUAAAUUUUGUUUUCUUUUAUUGUACUGCUUAUAACAAUGACUAGUGAUAAAAUAAGCACUGGAUUGUCAGUACAGCUGCAACUCCAGAGGACAGCUGAAUGCAAUGAAUGUGUGAUUUUUAGGGUGAUGAAUUUCCCCAUCCCCAGUGAGAACGUCUCCUGGUAGUGUUGUCAGGGACAGAGGACGGUGUUGUGGCUUGCCCCACUGACAUGGUGUGGUUGGUGUGACAAGUCUACCCUUCCUCAUGGCAGACACAACUGCCCACCCACAUUGUGGUGCCCACACUUUUCUACACCAACACCUCUAUUGUAUAUGUAGAUUGUAUAUAUUGGUGAAUGUUUUUAAAUGUACAAAGUACAGCAAAGUUAAUAUUUUCUGUGUAUUUCUGUAUAGAUGACUGCAAGUAGAUGCAGAUCCUGUAAAUUAUAAGCUUAAAGUGUAGAACCUGUGAAGGUGAAACUGCGGCUGUAUUUAUUGUAAAUAUUGUAAUCUGUUGUAUAGACUACCACUACUGCAAACGACCUCGUUACUGAUGUUUGUUUCUCCACAUCCUGUGCCCGAUGCCAUUUUUCUCCAGACACUUCACUUGCACUCUUUCCAAACUUUAUCUUGUUUGCUAACUUGUUUGGCUUGUUCAUGCCUUGCAGUAGGAGACUUGUUUUAGGCAUACGUGCCUUUUGACAGAUCAUUUCGUUUUAUGAAUUUGAUCGUGGUUUUUGCACAGGUUAGGAUUUUACUCCUCUAUUUGAAGGCAUGAGCAAUGUAAAAUAUUUGUAAUCUACCCUAAUCUAUUUUUUUUUUUUUAGCUUAAUGGCAUGAAAAUUAUUCUUUAAUGGCCCUAUUGAUUCUAUUGUAAUGUAAGAUUUCAUAUUUUACAUUGUUAUGAAUAACAGUUUUAAUUAUAUACAUUGACUUUCUGUACAGAACAUUUUAAUAGUCCUAUUUUUCUCUACCUGUAUUGCAAUAAUUACACUGAGCAUGUCGAGAGUCUUGAUUUGUCCCUUGGUGUAUUGGGUGAUUGUUCUUAAAAGAUGUUUACAAGUCUUUGAUUCAUUUAAUCUUUGUUUCAUAUCCAUUUUGGGGUUGGUGUCAUGCAGAUUUACUCAUUUGUUAUAAUAUUAUUAAGCAUUUGCACGACCCUUCCCUUUAAAUAAUUAUUUCUUUCAUGAGAUUUUCCCCCACAAGUUCUGGCAAGGAUACAACCAUCGUCUCGGAUUUGUCAACCAAGGCGCACCGAAAGCAGAAAUACUAUAUUAACAAAAAAUGUGUGUGUUUUGUAUUUUUCUAAAGUUGCAGUUGGAGAGAGAUGUGGAUGUAUGUCUCUACCUGUUGUGGCCUGAAAGCCCCAGAUAUGGUGUAUCAUGUUACUGAUGGAGUAAACUGACCAAUAAGGCAGGCCAGUCUUUGGUGUCACCCUUCCCCAGUCACAGAUGGCUACGUAGCCCGCUUUCUCCCAUUCUAAAUGUGUGCUUUGCUUUGUUUCAUCUCACUGAAGGAAGACUUAAUUUCUUUCCAAUUGCACCAGUCCAUGUUCUUAUUCCUUGUUCGAAGUCUUUUUUGAUUGUUGUAUGCAGAAGUUACAAUUUUAAUAAGGAGUAUGGGGGGCUUAUGAUUUUAAUUUCACAUCUACAGUAACACUAGCAGUAGCUUUUUAUAUAUUUAUGAUCUCGAGACGAAAAAAAUAAUAUGCAUUUGACUAGUUCUCGGUGAAAAUAAGUGUGCUGACAAAAUUGAGUAAUUGAGAUGUAUAGUAUGUCUUAAAAAUAGUUUCAUUUUAUUUUUCAGAAAUAAACUGAUGGAAUAUUUUCCAUCCAUAUUGAAUUUUCCUUAAAGUUACAUUGGAUAUUCAUGUGUUCUUUGGUCUUCAAUCUAAGCGAGCCACAAUGAAGCAUUCAAGAGUGUUGUUUUGGUAAUAUCAUGUAAGUUGUUAACCAUCUGAGAUUUCUCUAUUGCACUUUUUAUUUACAGUACAGUAUUACAUUUUGCUCUUGGUUUUGAACUCGGAUGUUCCAAAGUGAAAAGAAAACCAGAAAUAACACAAACAAGAGGCUGUUAAUGAAAUCUUAUCCCUCAACAGGAUGUGGGGCUUUCACUAAUUGAAACUUUUUUGAAUGCUUUAACAGCUUUUCAGUAAAGAAAAUUAUUAAAAAGGUAUACAGUACAGGUUAGUUGUUGAAGGUUGGCUCAAAGAAACAUACACGAGGAAAGUUAUUAACUCCCAAAAGAGUGCUUAUAUUCUGCUACAUUUACUCUAUGUAGCCCAACUGACAGUACGAUAUAUCCUCCAUCUCCUGUAUUCAUUGUUAAGAUUCCUACUUCUGCUUCGCCUAGCACAGUUUUCUUAAAUCUUAAUGUUCUUUUUGUCAUGUGCACACUUGUUGAAGUAACUCUUAUUUCAUCUUGUAUAUAAUUUUAAAUUUGAUAUUUAUGUUGAGAUAGUAAAGACGUCUUACAUUUGACAACACUAAAUGAUCAUUACAUUUUUUCUUAAAUUGAAUGAUAUGCUAUUGGAUCUUCAGUGCAGGUAGCUAUAACCUACAGUGAGUGAAGGUUUGGAGAUGGUACUGUGCUGUAAUUCAGAUUUCUUUAAAUGGAAAUUCUACAUGCUUAUGGAAUAGUGGAAAAAAAAGUGUUUUACCAGCAGAUCAGGUAUUACAUUUUGCAGUUCAGUGUUUAUUUUCAUAUUAUGCAAUAAUGGAUAAAUAAGCUGAAAGGUUUGGGGUUAAGUUUGUAUUUAUAAUGUUACAUACGAAUAAAGGACUCUGCAGAAGGCCUAAUGGUCUAUGCGAGGCA